AUGACUACCACCGGCGCAAAAACAGAUCAGGCGAUCAUCGCGCCCUCUGCCGACGUCGAAGAAAAGCCCUGGUACGACCUCAUGGACGACCCCGAACCGCCAGAGGACGCGAUGCAGCAAUUCAAAACCAUACAUGUUGUGAUGUCCGCACUUCUGGCGCGCUAUGAGAACGACCCCGAUACUCUCGUCGCGGAACAGAGCAACCUCGUACUCCGUGCCGUUCCUCGCGAUCCCGGCGGCAACCCUGCGGCGCGUCAGGGCGUCCAUCCCAACUUCGAGUCCGUGCCCAACUAUCAGGGUAUCACCAAGUGGGCGGCGCUCAUCAACAUUCCGGAGCGCAUCCCCGAGAUGGUCGGGCGCGCAAUGACUCAACUGAAGCACGGCAGGCUAGGCCCUGUGUUGCUUGAGUUCCCCGGCGACGUGGCAGCCGCCGAGUUCCCCGGCGAGCUGAACUACAAGCCCGUCGAAGUCCACAAAUCCGGCGCGUCCCCCGAAGAUGUCCGCGAUGUCGUAGCAGCGCUGCUCGGCGCGAGCGGGCCCGUCAUCAAUGUAGGGCAGGGCGUCCUCUACGCAGAAGCGACCCCUGAGCUCAUCGAGUUCGCCGAACUCACCGGCAUCCCCGUAAUGACCACACUCGCAGGCAAGAGCGCCUUCCCGGAGACACAUGCGCUGUCGCUCGGCACGGGCGCAUCGUCCGGCACGCUCAUGUGCGCGCGCUUCCUCGAAAACGCAGACCUCGUUGCCGGCAUCGGCACGAGCUUCACCAUCUCCAACUUCAACGCUCCCAUGCCCGGCGGCGUGACACUCGCGCACAUCACAAACUGCGCUGAGGAUAUCAACAAAGACUACCGCACAGACUACGGCGCGGUCGGCGAUGCCAAGGUAGUGCUGCGGCAGAUGAUUGAAGAGGCGAAGAGUCAAACUUGGUAA